GUUUUUCUACUAACAAGAAAAUAAACAAACGGAGUCAAAUUUAUUUAUCCGUAGAAAUCAAACUUUUUUUCGUGCAAAAUGAAUCCGAACAUGAACAUGAUGCCCAUGUCGGGACCGCAGAUGAUGCAGGUGAUGCAGUCGUCGCCGUCAGGACCUCCUGGACCUGUGCCCGUCCAGCAUCAACAGCAACAACAGCCCCAGCAGUUGCAGCAGCAGCCGGCCGAAAAGUUGGACAACAUAUCCCGGGUUAAGAGUCUGCUGGGUCCUCUGCGAGAGUCCAUGUUUCUCACUAUACGGUCGAGUGCCUUUACAUUGCAACAGAACAAUCUCGCGGAUAACUUGAAGAGGGACACCGGAGCUCACCACGUACCUCGAUUUGAUAAGCACUUGGAAGACUUUUACGCCUGCUGCGACCAAAUCGAGAUUCAUUUGAAGACAGCUAUGCAAUGCCUUCAGCAGCAGAACUCCUCAAAUCAUUACCUCCCAGGACCGGUUACCCCGAUGCGCAUGGAAACCUUCAUGCCGGAUAACGCCGGCCCCAUACCUUAUCCUACGUACUUAAAUACAGUCCGGGUACACGUCCAGUCGGCCAAGGACAUCCAUGAUACCCUCAUCAGCGCUGCCCAAAACAUUUCACAGGCUGAUUGAUAGUUUGUGGGGCACUAGAGCUUAUUGUUUAGCAUCAUAAGAUUAUAAUUAGAAAUAAAUACUGAGAAGAAAAAAUGA